UUCGGGUCGGGUAGAAAUAUCGAAUCGCAUUUCAUUUCUGUGUGAAGAAGAAAAACCUCAGACCCCUCUCUCUCUCUCUCUCUCUCUCUCUCUCUCUCUCUAGGGUUCACUUCACUCUUCCUGACAAGACGACAGCGAACUCACCUAAGAUUUUAGGAGGUGGAUAUGAACCUGUAAGGGCUCAAGAAAUGGGUUCUUUGGAGGUCUAAUUGCCAUUUAAAGGUGGGUGGACUGUUCUACAAAUAUAGAAAUGAGCUUGAUCACAAGGGUGAGGCAUCACUUACCUUAUGGGUUAUGCAGAAAACCCAUUCUUUCUUCCAUGGUUGCACUUAACCCUAGUAACUUAAAUGUUUUAUCUCGGCACUUUUCACAACCUGCGAGGAAAGAGGAAGAAGAGGAGGAAGAAGUAGAGAUCGACCAAAGAAGGCUUCCAGCUGACUAUGAUCCCACAACUUUCGAUCCCACUGAGCACCGCAGUCCUCCAACAGAUCGGGUCUUUAGGCUUGUUGAUGAGAUAGCAGGACUUACAUUGGUUGAAGUUGCAGAGCUAUCUUCAAUUUUGAUGAAGAAAAUGGGCAUGAAAGAGCCACCAAUCGUGGGGGUAAUGAAACCAGGAGCUGCUGGACUGGCUGGGAUGGCUAUGAAGGAACCAACAGCAGCCAAGGAGGAGAAGAAACUGGAAAAGACUGUCUUUGAAUUGAAAUUGGAGUCAUAUGAUGCAGCUUCAAAGAUUAAGGUAAUCAAGGAAAUAAGGAGUUUUACUGAUUUGGGUCUCAAAGAAGCGAAGGAUUUAGUGGAGAAAACACCUACAGUAUUUAAAAAAGGGGUGUCAAAAGAAGAAGGACAGCAAAUAAUUGAGAAGAUGAAAGCUGUUGGGGCAAAAGCCAUUAUGGAGUGAAAGUAAAAUAAUCAUGGUUAUUUGGUUCCCGUCUAAAAUUUUCCAAGUCCUGUUACUGUUUCCUAAGAAUGCAUCAGCUUUUCAGAAAUACACUUAUUAGAUGAAAGACAUUGUGGUCUAUCUCGAUUUAGUUCAAGUGGAGGAAUUUUCUAAUGGUUGUUGUCUAUCAUGUUGAUCUUUGUGCUUAGAAAAUUGAAAUUUUGACGAUGAAUGCCCAAUAUAUUGUCAACAUAGGACAUUUUGCUGAGUUGUUUUUUUCUUCUAAAUCUUGAUUAUGUGCUUAUGUUUCUUAAACAAGAAAGAGAAAUAAAUUCCAGUGUUUGUUGUCUC